UCUUUUGCUUCGAAUGAAACUUCCCAUUGGAUAACGUUCUCAGAGGGAAAGGAAGAGCUCUACGGGUGCGGACUCUCCAUUCAUGGAGGUCCUCGCUAGCUCUGCAACUGCAUCUUCAUCCUCUCAUUUCCUACUCUCCAGCUUCUACAAGAACCACCGUAGCUCUGUCUCCAUGGCCGCCACUCCUCCGCCUCAGGUGCUGCACUGGAAGUAUCUUCCAGUAAGGAUUGUAGAAGCUCGAGCAAAGUCUCCCUUAAUUUGUAUAAUGACUACGUCGCUUAAGAGGCCGAUAAAUUAUGGUAACACUGAUGGGGACUUUAAGCACAGUUUCUUGAUUCCACCGGUGUUGAGGCUCAGUCGGAGUUUUGUUUGUCAGGGUGGUUUGUUUUCAGCAAAUUAUAGUAAGGUCAGGAAAAAACUUCAACUGAAGAAAUAUGCUGGCAGUCUCCAUGAAGUGCUAAAAUGUUCAGAAAAAAUUAGACGGCAUGUUUUUGUUUUCGUUGCUGGACUGAUGGUUGUCAUGUCAGCUUCUCUUUCUGUUAGCAGUACUCCAUCGUGGGCUCUCACAGAAGAGAAUCGUAUCUUCUUAGAGGCAUGGAAGAUGAUUGACCGUGCAUAUGUUGACAAAAGUUUUAAUGGACAAAGUUGGUUUCGGUACAGAGAAAAUGCAUUGCGCAAUGAACCAAUGAACACAAGAGAAGAGACAUAUAUGGCAAUUAAGAAGAUGCUUGCCACAUUGGAGGAUCCUUUCACUCGGUUUCUGGAGCCUGAAAAGUUCAAUAGUCUACGGUCUGGAACUCAAGGUGCUCUUACAGGCGUAGGGCUGUCAAUUGGCUACCCUACAAAACUUGAUGGAUCAGCAGCUGGUCUUGUUGUUAUUUCAGCUUCCCCGGGAGGUCCAGCAAACAGAGCUGGCAUCUUGUCUGGGGACGUUAUUCUGGCUAUUGAUGAUACAAGUACAGAAACAAUGGGCAUAUAUGAUGCUGCAGAGCGGCUACAGGGAGCUGAAGGAAGUACAGUUAAACUAACAGUUCGUAGUGGACCUGAAAUAAAGCACCUGGAUUUAAUGCGGGAGAAAGUUUCACUGAAUCCUGUAAAGUCAAGACUAUGUGCGGUCCCUGCUUCCGGAAAGGAUUCCCCUAGGAUUGGCUAUAUCAAACUAUCAACGUUCAAUCAAAAUGCAUCUGGUGCUGUCAAGGAAGCAAUUAAUACCUUAAGGAGUAAUAAUGUUAAUGCCUUUGUGUUGGAUCUUCGAGACAAUAGUGGUGGUCUUUUCCCAGAAGGAAUUGAGAUUGCUAAGAUUUGGUUGGACAAAGGUGUGAUUGUAUAUAUUUGUGAUAGUCGUGGUGUUCGAGAUAUAUAUGACACCGAUGGAAGCCAAGCAGUGGCAACUUCAGAACCCCUGGUUGUGCUGGUGAACAAGGGAACUGCUAGCGCAAGUGAAAUCUUAGCUGGGGCAUUGAAAGACAAUAAACGUGCUGUGUUGUUUGGAGAACCCACAUUUGGGAAGGGCAAGAUUCAGUCAGUUUUUGAGCUAUCCGAUGGCUCUGGCUUGGUUGUUACAGUCGCCCGCUAUGAGACACCUGCUCACACAGACAUUGAUAAGGUUGGUGUGAUUCCAGACCAUCCCCUGCCAACUUCAUUCCCCAAAGAUGAGGAGGCCUUUUGUAACUGCCUCCAGGACCCUGCAUCUGCUUGCAACAAGGUUGAGCUAUUUGCAACAUGACGGUAGUUAUCGUGCACAUUAGCAUUGUUUACAAUACAGGAAAGCGACGAUUUUUUACAGGCGUAGUUUCACAUUCUUUGAAGGUUUCGUUUGAUUUUGUAAACAAAUGGCAACGUUUGAUUAAUGGUAUUCGAUUACAGAA